CAACGACCCAGUUCCGAGAACGUUAAGAAGUCUCUAAUCAACCUGUUUUCAAAACAAUCCGAAUGCUCCUAUGUGUCUUGUUAUUGGCAGGAAGGCUAAUCAGAUUGAAUGAGUGAACGCGCGAGGCGUACCCACGAACAGCACCGUUUGAAACUAGUUCUGUGCUUUGCCCUGUACCGACGAUAUGGAAAUCACGGCCGUGUUUCGACUGGAGUGCGAGGAAAACGUCCACAAGUUAGCUCAAGAUGUUAUCUCAAGACACCCCAAUGAAAUAAACAAAUGUUAUGUUGUGUUUAUAUCAAAUCAUAGUCGAACCGUGCCUCUUUGGAGGCAAAGAGCUGGAAAAGACGAGGACAGAUUAGUUAUUUGGGAUUACCAUGUGAUAUUCUUAUACCAUCCAGAGCCAGAAAAAUGUCUCAUUUAUGAUCUGGAUUCAGAGCUACCGUUUCCCACUUACGUACAUAAAUAUGUAACAGAAACAUUUCGUACGGAUCAUAUCCUCAAACCAGAUUAUUUUAGGUAUUUCAGAGUCAUACCGGCUAAUGAAUUUUUAAAAGAAUUUGCUUCGGAUAGAAGGCACAUGAAACGAUCUGAUGGCAGCUGGAUCAAACCCCCGCCAAAUUAUCCAGCGAUACAAACAACAAAGAGUGACCACAAUCUGGAAGACUACAUUCAAAUGGAUACUUCGAAGGGGCCUGGUCAAGUAUUGAAUUUAACACAAUUCGUACAGAGGUUCUACAAGCCUGCUACAUAGUUCUAAUCACUUGACGGUUUGUGGUAAAACUAAGUCAAUUUUUCAUUGUGCUCUUAUGUUUACAUACUGUAGAGCAAAUUUUAAUGUUUAUCAUCGAAUGAGGAUAAUGUUAUAAUGUCUUUAAUAGCUUCUUGGAGUUUCUAUAAGCACAUUUCUUCUUAACAUUAAACGAUUUCUAUAUAUCCCAUA